CUGCCCUUUGUUUGUAUUGCCCGUCCUGAGUAAUAAGCUCAGCAAACAUUGAGCGCCGCCUCACUCUACCGCAACGCCGCCUCUCUCUAACGCAACGCCGCCUCUCUCUAACACUUGUACUCCGGCGUCCUUGUAGCUGCCGGCACCAUCCCCGCCCUAUAUCUACCCUCUUGACACCAGCUAAACACCAUCAAUUUCGCCGGUCAUCUUAGCUAGCCCUGGAAGUAAAAGAACUUUAGUGAAGGUGGAUCACCUUUGUGCUCAAGCAUUGAUUCAAAAACAUUAUAUGUUGAGCUAAUUCAGCUGGAGCAGAUAUGCUGUGGUUUGGGGAAAGCUGAGCAAGUCAUUUAUUCACUCAAAAGAGCCUAGUUCUUGAGUUAUGGCUCUCUACAGAGCUCGAAUGACUUCUUCGCCGCUUUUUCAACUCAUCUCUCGGUCUCUUAGUUACAAAGUAGCAUCUCAAUCAGUUGGGCCUGCUGCAUCUUCAGCAGUCCAAGAAAUGACAAAUCCGACGUUCACAGUUGAUGUGACCUCUCAAAUCGGUGCAAGCAUGCCUCUAAAGAUGAUGCGUAUUGGGACCCUCAUUCACAAUCUUGAGAUGCGACCCGGCCAAGGCCCGAAGCUAGUCCGUGGAUGGGGCACAGUCGCCAAGAUCAUGACUGAGCCCAGGUCUGAAUCGUCCAGGUACUGCGAGAUAAAGCUCCCGUCUGGUGAUAAAAAGAUGAUUGAUGUCAGGUGUUGGGCCACGAUUGGGCGAGCCCCCAAUGCAGAGCAUGCAUCGAAGAAACUUUAUAAGGCGGGACAGAACAGGUGGCGGGGGAUCAGGCCGACGGUCCGUGGUGUGGCGAUGAACCCAGUUGAUCACCCGCACGGUGGUGGGGAAGGCAAGAGUAAGAGUAGUGGUAGUCACGGGAAAGUGUCGCGUACCCCUUGGGGUAAACCCACCAAGUGUGGCUAUAAAACUGGCCGACUUAAGAGGAAGAAUUGAUUUGUUUUCUUUGCUCCCAGUUUUUAUGCUUUUUUAACUUACCCAAUGUCAUACAGUAACUUAAAAGCUUUAGAGAAGGGAGUGGAACUGCAGACUUUUAUAGCUAAAGAAAGUGACUUGGGAAAAGAUGAUCCAGAGUAGCAUGAACUGCAAGCUUUAAACCCUUUCUGCAUUUUAAUAAUGGUUGUUAGGAACCCGUAGUUUGACAUGUUUGUAUAAUUUUUUUUAGAAAAGCAACUAUUCAACUUCUAGCCAGUCUAAUAUGCCAUUCUUGCUUUUGGUGCAUGAUUAAAGAUUUUUGUUGCAUAUUUGAUUCUUCUG